GUUUGGAUUAUUUGAACUUUUUUUUUUUUUUUUAGGAUCAAAAAAGGAAGUCGUCGUCUUUUGUUUUGAGUUGGAGCGGUGCUGGGAGUCAUGGCGGAGCCGGAGGAGACUUUUGGCCUGCCAGCCUCCUCUCCCGGUGGUUCGGAUUCGAAGGAGGUUCCGAGCGAGGGCAAAGCCGAGAAAGCCAACGGGACGUCCGGCAAGUCGCCGUCCUCGCAGACGACCUACAUCCAGCAGGGCAUGGAGGGGAUAAAAGUCUACCUGCACGAAAGGGAACUCUGGGUGAAAUUCCACGAAGUUGGCACCGAGAUGAUCAUCACCAAAGCUGGGAGGCGAAUGUUCCCAAGCUUUAAAGUGAAAGUUACCGGCCUGAACCCUAAAACCAAAUAUAUCCUCUUGAUGGACGUUGUCCCUGCAGAUGACCAUCGGUACAAGUUUGCUGAUAAUAAAUGGUCUGUGACCGGGAAGGCCGAGCCCGCCAUGCCCGGCAGGCUCUACGUGCACCCGGACUCUCCUGCUACAGGGGCGCACUGGAUGCGGCAGCUGGUCUCCUUCCAGAAGCUCAAGCUGACCAACAACCACCUGGACCCGUUCGGACACAUCAUCCUGAACUCCAUGCACAAGUACCAGCCCAGGAUCCACAUCGUGAAGGCGGACGAGAACAACGGCUUCGGCUCCAAGAACACGGCCUUCUGCACGCACGUCUUCCCGGAGACGGCCUUCAUCGCCGUCACGUCCUACCAGAACCACAAGAUAACCCAACUUAAAAUUGAGAACAACCCCUUUGCCAAAGGCUUCCGGGGAAGUGAUGACAUGGAACUGCAUCGCAUGUCCAGAAUGCAAAGCACCAAGGACUACCCAGUCGUACCUCGCAGUACCGUGCGUCAAAGAGUGGGCUCCAGCCAGAGUCCCUUCAGUGGCGAGGUCCAGGGCCUGGCCACACCCAGUUCCCUGAGUUCCCAGUACUCGCAGUGUGACAACAACGGCGUGACGAGCACCUCGCAGGACAUGCUGCCCCAGUCAGGCUCCUAUCCUCUGCCCCACGAGCAUGGCCAGGAGUACCACUGUAUCAAGAGGAAAGUCGCAGUGGAAGACGACCCCCACUCAGGUGAGCACGGCUACAAGAAAGCCUACCUAGAGAGCUCGUCCAGCGAGGACGACCACUACUACCGCCCGGUGGGUUACGCGCAGAGCCUGGGCCUGGCCGCCGGCCCCUACCGCAACGAGUCCAGCCAACGGCAGGCCUGCAUGUACGCCGCCGCCUCGCAGGGUUCCGAGCCGGUCCCCAGCUUGGAGGACAUCAGCUGCAACACCUGGGCCGGCGUAUCGCCCUACGGGAGCUGCUCAGUGGCCACCAUGCAGCCCAUGGAGCGGCUGCCCUACCAGCACUUCUCGGCUCACUUCACGUCGGGCUCUCUGGUGUCCAGACUCGGCGGGGUGGCGAGCCACGCCUCGGCCCAGCUGGGCGACGGUCACCACGCGGCCAUGUACCAGAGCUCCAUGACGCACCAGACUUUGGGCCGCCAGUGCAGUCCCGGCGCUGGCAUCCAGUCGCCGACAGCCGGCCUGCAAGGGAACGAGUAUCUGUACGCGCAUGGCAUCCCGCGCACGCUAUCGCCUCACCAGUACCACACGGUACACAGCGUCAGCAUCAUGCCAGAGUGGAACGACAACAGCUAGGGGAGCUUUUGAAGGGUCCACCUAUGAAAGGAGGUAAAGACAACUUGCCAAAAAUUGCAGGAUCUUUAGUUUAUAUUUAUAUUUUUAUAGUUCCGUGUCGGACUCAGUGACACCAGUAAGAUGGCGGCAUUCUCUGCACUUACAAGUGACUCCAAAAAAGACUUUUUACAGACUGCUUUUUAUAUUCACGCCAUGAGGGACUCUCCCAAAGUGGUGCAUGAGUCCAGGUUCUCAAUUUCUUCCCACAGUUGCAAACUUCCUUUGUGGUUAAGGUCUAGAACAGAGGUCACCAACCUUUUUGAAAUCAAGAGCUACUUUUUGGGUACUGAUUAAUGCGAAGGGCUACCAGU